AUGUCCGGACAUCCGCAGGGAGGCCAAUACGACGACGGCUACGGCCAGACUCAGCCUCAAGGCCAGCACGCCCAGCAAGGCCAGGAUGGCUAUUACCACGACGACCAGGCGUAUGGCCAGUAUCACGACGAUGCUCGCGGCCAUGGCCAAUACCAGCAAGAUGCUUAUUAUGAUGAAAACAGCGGUUAUUACGACGGCCAGCAUGGACAACAGAACGGCUAUUACGACGAUCGCGGUGGCCAGCAGGGUUACCAAGACGAGUAUUAUGACAACCAGUACUACGACCAAGGAGGCGCCCAAGAGGGUUACGGCCAGCAACCUCGCCGCCGCCCUCACGACUCCGAGGAAGACUCGGAAACCUUCAGCGACUUCACAAUGCGUUCUGACGUCGCUCGGGGCGCCGACAUGGACUACUACGGCCGUGGCGACGAGUCUCGCUACAACAGCUACGGCGAAGGCAUGAACCGCGGUUACCGACCACCCUCGUCUCAGGUCUCAUAUGGUGGCAACCGAUCAUCAGGCGCUUCCACGCCCAUCUACGGCAUGGACUACCAAAAUGCCCUCCCCGCUGGCCAGCGCUCGCGAGAGCCGUACCCCGCAUGGACUGCUGAAGCCCAGAUCCCUUGCACCAAGGAGGAGAUCGAGGACAUCUUCCUCGACCUCACCGCCAAAUUCGGUUUCCAGCGUGACAGCAUGCGCAACAUGUACGACCACUUCAUGACGCUCCUCGACUCCCGAGCGUCUCGCAUGUCACCAAACCAGGCUCUUCUGUCUCUCCACGCCGACUACAUCGGUGGCGAGAACGCCAACUUCCGCCGCUGGUACUUUGCCGCUCAUCUCGACUUGGACGAUGCCGUGGGCUUUGCCAAUAUGAACCUUGGAAAGGCGAACCGCAGGACUCGCAAGGCCCGCAAGGCAGCGAAGAAGAAGGCUGGUGAGAACCCAGAUAACGAGCAAGAAACUCUUGAUGCCUACGAGGGCGACAACAGUCUUGAGGCCGCCGAGUAUCGCUGGAAGACGCGCAUGAACCGAAUGUCGCAGCACGACCGUGUGCGCCAGAUUGCUUUGUACCUCUUGUGCUGGGGUGAGGCCAACCAGGUGCGCUUCAUGCCGGAGUUGCUUUGCUUUAUCUUCAAGUGCGCCGACGACUACCUCAACUCACCGGCUGGUCAAGCUCAAACCGAGCCCAUUGAGGAGUUCACCUACCUGAACACCAUUAUUACACCGCUGUACCAGUACUGCCGUGAUCAAGGUUAUGAGAUUCAGGACGGCAAAUACGUUCGUCGUGAGCGUGACCACUCCUCUAUCAUUGGUUACGACGACAUCAACCAGCUUUUCUGGUACCCCGAAGGUCUCGAGCGCAUUGUGUUCGAGGACAAGUCUCGCAUUGUCGACCUGCCUCCCGCUGAGCGAUACGCGAAGCUCAAGGAUGUACUAUGGAAAAAGGUCUUCUUCAAGACAUACUACGAGCGCCGCUCUUGGUUCCACAUGAUUGUCAACUUCAACCGUAUUUGGGUCAUCCAUUUGACAACUUUCUGGAUGUACACUGCCUACAACUCGCAACCGGUCUACACAAAGAAAUACGAGCAACAGAUCGGCCAAACCCCACCCAAGGCGGCUGUCCUUUCUGCCGUCGCUCUUGGCGGUACCAUAGCCUGCAUAAUCCAAAUCGCCGCCACCUGUAUCGAAUGGUGUUACGUCCCUCGUAAAUGGGCUGGUGCUCAGCACUUGACCAAGAAGCUUUUCUUCCUUCUCGCUGUAUUCGCCGUCAAUCUUGCACCCAGUGUGUACAUCUUCGGUCUCGAUAAGCAGAUCGGCACUAUUCCGAAUAUUUUGGGAGGUGUUCAAUUUGCUAUUGCCUUGGUCACCUUAGUCUUCUUCUCGGUUAUGCCACUAGGUGGUCUGUUUGGUAGCUACUUGACGCGCAACUCUCGCAAGUACGUCGCAAGUCAGACGUUUACCGCAAGCUACCCACGUCUCAAGGGCAACGACAUGUGGAUGUCUUAUGGUCUAUGGGUACUGGUCUUUGCUGCGAAGCUGUCUGAGUCCUACUUUUUCUUGACUCUGUCGAUCAAGGAUCCUAUCAGGAUCUUGUCCCACAUGAAGAAGCCAGCUUGUCUAGGCGAUGCCAUCAUUGGCGAUAUCCUUUGCAAGUACCAGCCACGAAUUUUGCUCGGUCUCAUGUACUUCAUGGACUUGAUUCUGUUCUUCUUGGACUCCUACCUAUGGUACAUCAUCGCCAACAUGUUGUUCUCCGUAUCUCGGUCCUUCUACCUCGGUGUUUCCAUCUGGACUCCCUGGAGGAACAUCUUCUCCCGUCUGCCAAAGCGUAUCUACUCAAAGGUCUUGGCCACUACCGACAUGGAGAUCAAGUACAAGCCCAAGGUCCUCAUUUCCCAGAUCUGGAAUGCCAUCGUCAUCUCCAUGUACCGCGAGCAUCUCCUUGCCAUUGACCAUGUCCAGAAGCUCCUUUACCACCAGGUGCCAUCUGAGCAGGAGGGCAAACGCACUCUCCGCGCACCGACGUUCUUCGUGUCCCAGGAAGAUCAUUCAUUCAAGACCGAGUUUUUCCCCGCCCAGAGUGAGGCUGAGCGCCGUAUCUCUUUCUUCGCUCAGUCGCUUUCUACGCCUAUUCCUGAGCCUCUCCCGGUCGACAACAUGCCUACCUUCACCGUCAUGAUUCCUCACUACGCCGAGAAGAUUCUUCUCUCGCUCCGUGAGAUCAUUCGCGAGGAUGAGCCUUACUCUCGUGUCACCCUCCUGGAGUACCUGAAGCAGCUCCACCCUCACGAGUGGGACUGUUUCGUCAAGGACACGAAGAUUCUUGCUGAUGAGACUUCGCAAUUCAAUGGUGAUGACGAGAAGGGCGAAAAGGACACCGCUAAGAGCAAGAUCGACGAUCUCCCCUUCUACUGCAUUGGUUUCAAGUCUGCCGCCCCAGAAUACACCCUCCGAACACGUAUCUGGGCUUCCCUUCGAUCUCAGACUCUGUACCGCACCAUUUCUGGUUUCAUGAACUACAGCCGUGCGAUCAAGCUCCUUUACCGCGUUGAGAACCCCGAGGUCGUCCAGAUGUUUGGUGGAAACUCUGACAAGCUCGAGCGUGAGCUUGAAAGAAUGGCCAGGCGCAAGUACAAGAUUUGUGUCUCUAUGCAGCGUUACGCCAAAUUCACCAAGGAGGAGCGCGAGAACACCGAAUUUCUCCUCCGUGCCUACCCCGAUCUGCAGAUUGCAUACCUCGACGAGGAGCCGCCUGCCACUGAGGGCGAAGAGCCACGCAUCUACUCUGCUCUCAUCGACGGACACUCCGAGAUUAUGGACAAUGGCAUGCGUCGCCCCAAGUUCCGCGUCCAGCUUUCUGGCAACCCUAUUCUCGGUGACGGCAAGUCUGACAACCAGAACCACUGCAUUAUCUUCUACCGCGGCGAGUACAUCCAGCUUAUCGAUGCUAACCAGGACAACUACCUGGAAGAGUGUCUGAAAAUCCGUAGUGUCCUCGCCGAGUUUGAGGAAAUGACUACCGACAACGUCUCGCCUUACACUCCCGGUAUCCCGAACCCUAACUUCAACCCUGUCGCCAUUCUCGGAGCCCGUGAAUACAUUUUCUCUGAGAACAUUGGUAUCCUCGGUGAUAUCGCUGCUGGUAAGGAACAGACAUUCGGUACCAUGUUCGCUCGUACUCUGGCUCAAAUCGGUGGUAAACUCCAUUACGGUCAUCCUGAUUUCCUCAACGGUAUCUUCAUGACCACUCGUGGUGGUGUUUCCAAGGCUCAGAAGGGACUGCACUUGAACGAAGAUAUUUACGCUGGUAUGAACGCUCUACUCCGUGGCGGCCGCAUAAAGCACUGCGAAUACUACCAGUGUGGUAAGGGUCGUGAUCUUGGUUUCGGCUCCGUUCUCAACUUCACCACCAAGAUUGGUACUGGCAUGGGCGAACAGAUGUUGUCCCGCGAGUACUACUACAUGGGUACUCAGCUGCCUCUCGACCGCUUCCUGUCCUUUUACUACGCCCAUCCUGGUUUCCACGUCAACAACAUGUUCAUUAUGUUGUCGGUGCAGUGCUUCAUGUUCGUUCUUCUCAACCUCGGUGCCCUCAACCACGAGACCAUUCUCUGCCAGUUCGACAAGGACAUUCCUGUCACCGAUCCUCAAUGGCCCAACGGUUGCGCAAACUUGGUCCCUGUAUUCGACUGGGUCACUCGUUCUAUUGUGUCCAUCUUCAUCGUGUUCUUCAUCUCUUUCAUCCCUCUUACGGUGCAAGAGUUGACAGAACGUGGUUUCUGGCGCGCUGCAACCCGUCUGGCUAAGCACUUCUCUUCUGGAUCGCCUUUGUUCGAAGUUUUCGUCACUCAGAUUUACGCAAACGCCCUCCAAACCAACUUGUCUUUCGGUGGUGCUCGCUACAUUGGUACUGGUCGUGGAUUUGCCACUGCCCGUAUCCCCUUCGGUAUCCUGUACUCUCGAUUCGCCGGACCAUCCAUCUACCUUGGAGCUCGAUCUCUCAUGAUGUUGAUCUUCGCCACUAUCACCGUUUGGGGACCUUGGUUGAUCUACUUCUGGGCGUCCCUGCUGUCACUGUGCUUGGCUCCCUUCAUCUUCAACCCCCACCAGUUCUCGUGGGACGACUUCUUCAUCGAUUACAGGGAGUACCUACGCUGGUUGUCUCGUGGCAACACUCGUUCGCACAGUGCUUCAUGGAUUGGAUACUGCCGCCUGUCGCGUACGCGUCUCACCGGUUACAAGCGCAAGGCUCUCGGAGACCCAACCGCCAAGCUCUCUGGAGAUGUUCCACGUGCGGCCUUCACCAACAUCUUCCUUAGCGAAAUUAUUGGCCCGCUUGUCCUCGUCGCAAUCACCAUCAUCCCAUACCUUUUCAUCAACGCUCAGACUGGUGUAAACGAUGAGCGCGACUCGUCAAACGAAAAGCAGGGUAUUGGCAACCCCAGAAAGUCUGGUGCUCUUGUCCGUAUCGGAUUGAUUGCCCUUGGACCUGUCGCCAUCAACGCCGGUGUCUUGCUUGGCUUCUUUGCCCUCGCAUGUUGUGCUGGUCCUCUGCUCAGCAUGUGCUGCAAGAAGUUCGGUGCCGUCCUUGCUGCCAUCGCUCACGCCAUCGCAGUCAUCAUGCUCAUGGUCUUCUUCGUUGCCCUGAUGCUCUUGGAGGGUUUCAGCUUCCCCAGGGCUCUUGCUGGCAUGAUUGCAGUGGUUGCCAUUCAGCGAUUUGUCUUCAAGCUUAUCAUCUCGCUUGCACUUACCCGAGAGUUCAAGAGCGACACCUCCAACAUCGCGUGGUGGACCGGAAAGUGGUACACCAUGGGAUGGCACACCAUCUCUCAGCCUGGCCGUGAGCUUCUUUGCAAGAUUACGGAGCUCGGCAUGUUCGCCGCCGAUUUCAUCCUCGGUCACGUCUUGCUCUUCUUCAUGCUGCCAAUCUUGCUCAUCCCAUAUGCCGACAAGUUCCACUCGGUCAUGCUCUUCUGGCUACGACCCAGCCGACAAAUCCGUCCUCCUAUCUACUCGAUGAAGCAGACCAAGUUGCGAAAGCGCAGAGUCAUCCGCUAUGCCAUUCUCUACUUCUUCCUGCUCAUCAUCUUCCUUGUCCUCAUCGUUGGUCCCAUUGUCGCUGGCAGGUUCCUUACCUUGUCAUUCCUCAAGGAUCUGCCCAUGGAAAUCAUGCAGCCGACCGGUUUCAGCAACAACGAUACCAAGUCAACACCCACUGGCUCAUGUGUUCAAGGCAAGUGCCCCGAAUACCAAGGUGGCGGUGCCACUGGUGGAGGCGGUGGUGGCGAUGGUGGACAGGCAGCAGAGACGACGGAUCCGGCAGCUCGUUUCCGCCGAUACAUGGCCUACUAAAAGUACGAUGAUUUGUCGGUGGACAGUUGUCCCUAUCUUGCGUUGUACAACACAGGGGGAUCACGAGCAUGGUGACUUCGAAAGUCCCAUUAUGAUUGUAAUAUCCAGCAUAUCAUUUUUCCUUUCCUUUUGGUGUCGGGGCGGAACGAUCCCUACCUCGACUUUCUCUCUUUUUGAAACCUACACCCGGCAGAAGGGUUGGGUUGAUUGCACAUAUACUACGCUGGGUUUUUUGGGUUGACACGGCGAAUAUGUUAGAAGAGAGCGAAUUGCAUACAGAUAAAUAUAUGGAUGUCUUAAUGCCAACUA